AUUAAAAAAAGCACACCGCCGGGCCUUUGAACUUCCGUCCCUCCUUUUCCAGUUUCCACACGCCUUUCCUCUGUUCCUUUGUGUCCUAUAAAUACCGUCCAUCCGAUCUCUCUCUCUCCCCAUUCUCAAACCGAAAAAGCAUCCCAAAAAUUUUAACCAUAAAUUCUUCUUCCCGUUUCCAUUAUAUAGAUAUAGAAGCAGCAAUUAGUUUUAUGAAACAAUGGUGGAUUUGGAUUGGAAAACAAAAAUGAUCUCAUCCGAUAUACCAACCACAUCUCCUAGGCUUUCCAAUAUGCUUCAAAUCUCCGUACCUUCUAGUACUACACCAACCGUUCGGGUCGCCGAUUUAUCACCGGCUUCUGAGUCGGCUUGUUCGGCCUACGAACACUACUUGCGACUUCCGGAGCUGAAAAGGCUGUGGAGCUCUCAAGAUGUUCCCACCUGGAGAAACGAAUCCAUACUUAAACCGGCUCUGCAGGGCUUGGAGAUUACUUUCCGGUUCAUCUCAGCCGUUUUGUCCGACUCUAGACCCUACGCUAACCGGAGAGAAUGGAGGCGGCGGCUGGAGUCUCUGGCCACCGGCCAGGUCGAGAUUAUAGCUUUGCUGUGCCAAGAAGGCGAGGAGGACUACAGGACGCGUGGCACCGCGCCGAUUGUUGACCUGACAUCGAAUUCCGGCGUGUGGGUUCGCGAGAGCAGCUCCGCGGAGGUGUGGAAGCUCACCGGAGGAGAUAAUAAAACAGUGGUGAGCAGAGCGAGCGACGCUAGCUUGCUGCCUCGCCUUGCCACGUGGCAGAAGUCGGAAGACGUCGCCCAGAAGAUCCUCUACUCCAUCGAGUGCGAGAUGAGGAGCUGUCCUUAUACUUUGGGCUUGGGCGAGCCGAAUCUCAGCGGCAAGCCGAGCCUGGACUACGAUCGCGUGUGCAAGCCGGCUGAGCUCCACGCCCUGAAAAGAUCCCCGUCCGAUCACAUGAAUCUUCAAAACUCUGAAAACCAAACGCUCUACAGCGUUCACCAAAUCUUAGAAUCAUGGAUCUACACGUCGGGGCAAAUUUUGAAGAGAAUCUCGGAUCAAAUCGAAGAAAGAGAGUUUGAGAGCGCCUGCAGUAAUUGCUGGCUACUCGAGAAAAUUUGGAAUCUGUUGAGCCAAAUCGAAGAUCUCCAUUUACUGAUGGAUCCGGACGACUUCCUCCGGCUGAAGAAUCAACUGUCUAUUAAAGCGACGUCGGAGAAUGAUUUGUUCUGCUUCAGGUCGAGAGAACUGGUUGACAUAACCAAGUUCUCAAAAGAUUUGAGGCACAAAGUGCCCUUCAUUUUGGAGGUGGAGGUGGACCCCAAGGGAGGGCCGAGAAUACAAGAG